CAAACAUAAGCGACUCGGCAUUCCCGUCCAAUGGGAAACUAUGGUUUGCUACCCCACAUGGGGCGGGACGGUAUAGAAACUUGCGAUCUUGUUUCUUAUCUUGGAUGCGGUAACUAAACAUAGUUGACUUAUCCCGGUGCUUUGAACGGACACGUGGAGCUUGAACACAUGUGUAUACGGAGGUGAUCUGGCUUUGGGACGGUCUUAAAAGGUACGAUGAGACGGAGACCACUUGUGCCUCGGCUUAUUAAAGCCCCCACGACCUGCAGUGACAAAGGAGGAGGCCCUGCAGAUCAGAAGCCCACGCCGGACUCAUGGCAGCCCCCGGAUGGGGUUGCGGAGGAGGUGGAAGGUGAUCCUUCUCCUGAGGAGAAUGGCACUUCGGAUGAGGAGUGGAACCCUGACAAACCCAUGGCCGACUGUGAGAAGUGCCAGUCUUUCUACACCGACCAGUGUGAGACCCACGGCCCCCCCUCCUUCAUCCACGACUCUCCUACUCCAAUGGGAGUACCUCAGCGGGCCCUACUCACACUACCUCUUGCACUGAUGGUUGGACGGUCCACUAUCCCUGAGGCUGGCCUGGGCGUGUUUAACCAGGGGCAAACAUUGCCUGCUGGGACCCAUUUUGGACCUUACGAAGGAGAUGUGACAAGCAGGGAAGAGGCCAUCGAGAGCGGCUACUCGUGGGUGAUUUGCAGGAAGAAGAAUCACUUUGAGUACAUCGAUGGCACACGGGACACUCACUCAAACUGGAUGAGGUAUGUGAACUGUGCCCGUAACGAAGACGAGCAGAACCUGGUGGCCUUCCAGCACCGGGGGCGUGUCCUGUACCGCUGCCUGCGGCCCAUCCUGCCAGGUCAGGAGCUCCUGCUGUGGUAUGAGGAUGAGUACGCCAAGGAGCUGGGCAUCACGUGGGACUACCUGUGGGACAGGAAGUCCUCUCCUGCAGGUGACUCUGGGAUCACGAGGGUUUUCCCCUGCACUCAGUGCCGGUUCUCCUUCACGGCACAGCUCUACCUCAGCAAGCACGUCGAGCGCUCCCACUCUCAGAGCGUUAAAGUCCGCCAGCGCACAGGAGAGGGACCACACUGCUGCUCUGAGUGCGGCCAGAACUUCACCCUGUCGUGUAACCUGAAAAGACACGAGCGAUCCACCCACACCGGGCAGAGGCCUUUCUGCUGCACGCAGUGUGGACAGAGCUUCAGCCAGUCGGUCGGCCUGAAGAGACACCAGCAGAGCCACACGAGAGAGAAACCAUACCUGUGCACAGAGUGCGGGAAGAGCUUCUGUUGGUCAGCAGGGCUGAAAAGACACCAGCGGAGCCACACGAGGGACGGCCUUUACCUUUGUACUGACUGUGGGAAGAGCUUUAUCCAAUCAGGAGCCUUAAAGAGACACCAGCAGAUUCACACUGGAGAGAGGCAGUACCUUUGCACUGAAUGUGGGAAGAGCUUCAUCUGGUCACACAGCCUGAGGCAGCAUCAGCGUAUCCACAGCGGGGAGAAGCCAUACUGCUGCAGCCAGUGCGGGAAGACCUUCGUGCUUUCCGAGCAGCUGAAGGUCCACAUGCGAACUCACACAGGAGAGAAGCCCUUCCUCUGCACCGAGUGCGGAGAGAGCUUCCGCCAGUCAGGGGACCUGAAGCGUCACGAGCGGAAGCACACCGGCUUCAGGCCGUGCCGCUGCAGCGAAUGCGGCAAGAGCUUCAGCCGGCCGCAGAGUCUCAGGGCUCACCAGCUGCUGCACAAGGGCGAGCGACCGUACAGCUGCUCACAGUGCGAUAAGAGCUUUGCCCGCAAUGGGCACCUGAGACGACACCAUCAGAAAAUGCACUCGUGACAGUUGCCUGAUGUCACAUGGCUCUGUGUGAACUGCAUGCUGCUCUGUUACUGUUCUCUUUCCAGGGCAUUUUUAUGCAUUCCCUCAAGCCAGGAGCUCUCAUUAACCUUCAUUUUCUAUUCAUAUGUGGAUUUUACAGGCACUUGGCUUUUAACUGUGAAUCUCACUGUGAUUUGAAUCCCACUCCCACCAUCAUGAACGCCUCCUUACUUUUCCUUGUUUUAUUUCAACAGUCUGCAUGAAAAGGUGACGAACACCAAUCCCACUAGAUUGUAUUUGAUUAUUGAAAUACAAAGGCCAGAUCCGCAUCAGUGUUUCAUAAGCUGAUAUUUGAUCAGUGACAUCAUUCACUUGCACUGAAAAGCUUUUCUAAGUACGCUCGACCCUCCAAAUUAGCAGUUUCCUCAUCGAUGGCUUCAACCAACCACAGAUCGCAAAAUAUUUGCCAAAAAAACACCGAAAGUUCCAAAAAGCAAAACUUGAAUUUGCCACAGGCCGAAUCCGCACCAUUGAAGUGAUGUGUAGGCAUCCCCUGCUGUAGCCUGCAUCUGUGCUGAACAUGGACAGACUUAUGUACAGGAGAUUAUACAUGCAAAUACUAUGCCACUUGAUAUAAGGACCUUAAGCAUCUGUGGAUUUUGGUGCCUGCAAGAGGUCCUGGAACCAAUCCCCCCUGGCCCCCGAGGGUCGGCCGUAUCUACAGUGCCUAAAUAAUAAUAUAUUCACAGUACACCUUUCAUGAAUUUAUGAGAAUUUUUGUGAGAAGGAAAAGCGUGUGAAAACCGUUAUUUUGGUUAAUGCUGUCCUUUAUACCACGCAUGUAGCUUUGUGGUCUAGAACCCUAUCCUGUGCACGUAUUUGUAUGCUAAUAAGUCCUGUUUAGCACGCUGGAGGUCUAUCAUGAACUGGUUUAUUAACAUGCUGGUUACCAGCCAGGGUGCCAGUCAUGCCUGGUUGUUUUGUCUUAUGUAUUUCCAGAGUUCUCAAAUUAAUUGCAAUCGAUCAUUAAGAAAUUAAGCCAGUCACUUGUUUUUUGAGAAUUAAUCCUCAGGGAUCAAUGCUUUAAUUUCAUUUGCAUGCAGAAGUCGAGGCUUGAUUAAAUUGCAGACUUAACAUGA